AUGGAGGAAUGGGAGAAGCAGCGGCUCUCCAUAAUCAACGAGCAUGGCGUUAGAAGUUCACUUUCAUCUUUAGGUUGUCCAGUGAUCGGACUCCAGACCAUCACAUCCCAAGAAGAGCUGGCUCCUCCGAUAGCCCUUCAACGUUUGCCGCCUGGGGCCACAGUGGACAGCCAGCGCGUAUUCUCGGCUCUGAUGAAGAAGAUGAACGAGACUCAGCAACUCGCUGGUAUUGUGGAGCAACAGCGCAAAUUGAGCGACGGCUCAGAUCCUUUCCGCACAUUGUCACCUUCAAGCAGCAUUGGUAGCGGCGACAGCAGUGACGCAGUCGCUUCCACCCAGGCGCGCAAUACUCGACAACCAUUAUCCAUCUCAGGCAAAGACAUGGAGGAAUAUCCCAGCUGCGCAAGACCUGCUUCUGAAAGGGAGGAAUCAUCGAACAACGAGCUCACACAUAGCGUCGCGGAUGACCACCGCAGCCUGUCUCCUCCGAUCCACCUCACUCCGAAAGGGGAACGUCACGUCGCUGCCAAAACCAUCACAGACAGAGGCUCUGCGUUUUUCGGAAGCCCGACUUCUCAUUUAUUCCGCACCACCAGCCCAUACAGGCGAUCGCUCCAGGAAGCCAUGCGUGCCGAGAGGAGACAGUCUCUCUGUCAAGACCCAGCAGAAACAACUGGUGAGACGAUUGCAGCCGCCAAGGUGGCCUACUCUGAUAGCAAUUACUCCUCGGAUACGCUCAUUCACAAGACGGAGAUGAGGCAAGGGUGUCCGGUUGCGAAGCCUCUCAACGUGUUGGACUCAGGAGAAGAGGCCAAUGUCUUCGAAGAUACACCGACUUAUCGGCCCACUGGAGAGCGUUACGUUUCCACAGCAAGCUCAAUAGGAUGGAAGACAUGGCUAUCUGCCGACAUUGCCAAGCAGGAACCAUCUCCCACGAGAGUGAGCGGGCAAUCCCCAGAGGUCGAGUACAGGAUCCCAACCAUGCCGAGGUCUCUUGGCCAUGGGCAUGUUCGAGAAGCUGCUCAGACGGGCAGUUGUGAGGAAGAUGAGGACAAUGCAAAGCCGCCUGUUCGCAUGCCAACCAGCUCGGCGACGCCUCUGAGUGCCAUUGACUCGAACGUGAUCAAGCUUAGCCCUCAGCAGCGCUCAGUCAUGCGUACAACAACGCCACCUGCUGCUGAUUUACACCAAGAUCAAGUGAUUACACCCUUACAAUGCAAGACCUCGGCAUCGUACUACGGAGACGAUGCUUCAUCCAACUUUCGUAACAAUGCAACGAGACCACAAGCGCCACCCUCGGAGAAUAUAAGAUCGAGUCGCCACUACAAGCCCGUCACUCAACCAGAAACACCUAUUCGAGAGCACACUGUCAGACAAAUCAAAUCUCUUGCUAGCCUCAAGAGCAUGAGCAGAAUCAGAGAGCCGCAGACGGGCUCGCCACAGCCACCAGCCUCUUCCACGGUUCGGCUAGUGAGGAAGUCAGCGAGCAAGCCGGCAAUGAAUCCCGCAUCGGCGGCGUCUAGUCCAGGUUUUACUGGUGUGUUUGAGCGCCGGUUUGGGUCUAUCGGCCACCAUCUGGACGGCCAGCUAGUGGAGAAGGAGAACCAAGUUCCUCAUCACGGUGGUGCGCAAAAGCAGUCUCCGAGCACCAAAGGCCAAUUCAGGGGUAGCAAGGCGAUGGUGGAUCUCUUUCUCAGCACCCGCAGGCGGCAGGGAGUAAGCGGCGGCGACCCAACGGCAUUUGUUUGA